AUGCCCACGACGGUCCACAGGGCGCUUCAGCCGAGCCGCGAGGCGUGCGUCAUCACAGAGGCGACGAAACCAAAUCGCAUAGUGCACGUGAACGACACUUGGUCUCGUGUGUGUGGUUUCAGCGCGGAGGAGGCGAUCGGGCAGACCUGCGCCCUCCUUCAGGGCUUUGGGACGUGCAAGGCAACUCUCGGCCAGCUACGCGAUGCGGUGCUGCAAGGGCAGACCUUUGCCGUCCAGCUGCUCAACUACCGAAAGGGCGGCCAGCCCUUCAUGAACACGCUGACCGUGGCGCCGCUUCGUGAGUCCGAGCAUGGGCCUGUGACGCACUACUUUGGAGUG